CCUUCUCAGGACUAUACCAACCUGGACGAUCUACAUUUACAAACAUGUUACAAACAUCAAACAAAUCACCCAUUCGUCUUAUGAGACGUGGCUAAAAGCCGGUAAAUUACGGGUACAAAACGUCGACUGGUAGUCGUGGGAGAUAAAUACGUUGUACUUUGGUCGUUUAACUUAUGUUAUUGUGUCAUUGGUAAUAUCGAUAAUAUUUUCUCAUUUGUGAUUUUCUUUCUGGUAAUUUUAAAAGAUGCCAAGGAGCAAUAAAAGGUUUAAAGCAACUGUAGCUGUCACAUAUCAUGAUGAGGAUGGCCAUGUUGAGAGAGAGGAGGUGCAUUUGUCAGAAUUGUUUGCUGAGGAUCAUAGAGGAAGCUGUUCUUUUAACAGUCCGGAUAAUUGUGGUGCAUUGGAAGGCCAUGAACUGGAAAUGGAACAAGAUAACAGUGAUCUUGAAAGUGAUGUUAACCAUGAUUGUGAAGAAUCAUCGUCUUAUUACCAGAAAGUUGAAAGAAAACAAAAAGCAUGGAAAAAUUUGCGACAUUCAAUUAUAAACAAUACAUUUCAGUUAGCUGGCAAAAAUUGGAGCAAUCUGAAGUGUAUUCAUUGUGAUAAUGAAGCAAAAUUUAGGUGCAGCGAUUGUGGUCGAAUGGCAAAGUAUUGUGAGAACUGUAUGUUAAAGUUGCACACAACCGUAAAUAUUUGUCAUCAUGUUGAAAUAUUUAAGGAUGGCAUGUUAUGGCCAUAUAAACUCAUGAACAUGCUGGUGUAUGAUUGUUCAUGCCAAGCAGCUCAUCACAAAAGAAGUGUUUCUGUUGUUGAUGUUAUAGAGUUUGUUCAACUUCUGCAAUUUGGCCUUUGGGGUGGAACACCUACAAAACCAAAAUUGCAUUUGCAAUUGAGUUUUUGA